AUGGCGCUCCGGGGGUGUCUGUUGCUUGGGCUUGCCCUUUGCUCUUCCCAUGUCUACGCAGAUGAUACGAUCCUGUUUGUUGGAAAUUCGCUCACUUAUACGCACGACCUUCCCAAUGUAUGCGCCCCGCCCCCCUUCCCCUCCCCGCGCAUGCGCCUCAACCCAACUCGUUUCCCCGGCUUGUCCACCGUUCAGGUUUCGAGCAGCACUUAUGGUGGGGCCACCCUCAAGCUCCAUGCCACCGACCCCAGCAAUUAUACCGCCCAAACGCCCAUCCGCACCAUUGAGACCAUCCGCUCCCAACAUUGGGAUCUGGUUGUCCUCCAAGAACAAAGCUCGGGGUGGGACGUACUUUGCGAUCCCGAAGCACAUGGAUAUGGCAGGCCCAUCUUCGACAACACCGGACACUUUACGGGGACAUACCGCCUGUAUCCAAGCAUUCUAGUCGACGAGGCACAUCAGGCCGGAGCCAAAGUCAUGUUUUUCAGUGCCUUUGAGCACAACUAUGAAUCUGAUGAUUACUGGCUGUCCCGGAACAAGGCAGCCGAGGCUUGCUACACAUGGACCGCUGCUUAC